AUGGCAUCAACAGUCCAGCCCUACAAUUGGAGUAUCCACGCCAUACCAGCAGCGUAUCUCCUGGCCUUCCCACCGUACCUCUACCAGUUCGCCCGCUGCAUGACCGCCUCAAAUUACACCGCUACCAACAUCGUUCCCAGAACCAACCUUGAGCUCCUAAAGCCCAAGCUGCCCAACAAUGUCUGGCAGAGUCUCGUCCGUGCCAGAGGCGCUCAUUUGAAUGCGCUCGAGGGUUUCCCGCUGUUUGCUGCUGCUAUGAUAGCCGGCAACUACGCCAAGCUCGACACGAGAGAGAUGAACACCCUCGCCGCGGACUAUCUUCUGCUUCGAGUAGUCUACACAGGGUUAUAUAUGACGGUCAAGAGCGAAGCAGCGAGCUACCUGCGUAGCACUGUCUACGCAGCCAGCUUGAGCGUACCGCUGUAUGUGCUCUGGAAAGCCGGAAAUCGAAUUGCGGCGGACAAGUUCUAA